ACCACAUUUCUAUCUGUAGAACCUGCUGCGAUGCUUCGUUCUUCCCUUUUUCUCGGCCUUUGCGCCUUGGCCACUUUGGUCUCUUCGGUUUUGGGCUGGACGGUCACCGUGUCUGGUAACAACUACAUUGUUGAUACAUCUGGUGGACUUAUUUUUACUGUGGACCACACUACCGGCGACAUUACUAGCAUGCUGUACAACGGAAUUGAGGCUCAAGACCAGAGCGGCAAGCACAGCCAAAUUUCGUCAGGCAUUGGCGCGACCUGCACAUACGAAUUCACUGGCAAUGAUGACCACUACGUCGUCAUCGCCUGCACGACGUCGACCUUGGUGCACUACUAUGUGGCGAAAUACAAGGAUCCAGCCAUCCAUAUGGUCACUUAUACGACGGCAGAGCCAAGUGUUGGCGAGCUGCGCUACAUCUUCCGCCUGAAUUCUGCGACCCUGCCCAACGGGUAUACUCAGUCUGCGAUCUGCGACGAUGCCAUCGAGGGCUCCGAUGUGUUUUACUGCGAUGGACAGACGCGUUCGAAGUUCUACUCUUCCCAGCGAUUCAUCUAUGACAAGGUUCACGGAGUUACAGGUAGCAAUAUCGGUGCAUACAUAAUCCUCUCUCAAUAUGCUUAUGAGAAGUCCAGUGGUGGCCCCUUCUUCCGCGACAUUAACAACCAACACGGUGAUCAAAACGAGCUCUACUUCUUCCAGAAUUCUGGUCAUGUUCAGACCGAAGCUUACCGCCAGGGCCUGCACGGCCCCUACACUCUUUACUUUACCACAGGAGCCGUUCCCUCCACUGACAUUGACCUCACUUUCUGGGAGGGUCUCGGUAUCUCUGCAUAUACCCCUCUUGCGUCUCGCGGAUACGUCUCAGGGAAGGCCAUCGGUAUUGACUUGACAAGCUUCAACGCCACUGUUGCGUUCAACAACUCGGCAAACCAAUACUGGGUUCAAGCAGACAGCAGCACUGGCAACUUUUAUACGACUGGCAUGAUUCCGGGAACAUAUGCGAUGAUUCUUUACAAAAACGAGCUAGCCGUUGCAGAGUCUUCGGUGACCGUCACGGCAGGCAGUACAACCUCCAAGAACAUCGACUCGGCAGAGGAUGCUCCAUCUACUGUCAUCUGGCAAAUAGGGGACUUUGACGGGCAGCCAAGGGGAUUCUUGAACGCCGACAUGAUCGAAACGAUGCACCCUAGCGAUUCUCGUAUGCACGAUUGGGUGCGAACCUACACGGUUGGUCAAGAGGACAUAGGGUACUUCCCCAUGGCCAUCUUCAAGGACGUUGGGGUGGUGACCAUUCGAUUUGCUUUGGCUUCUGGCCAAGGAGGUGCUCGUACCCUGGAUAUCGGAACGACCUGGUCCUUUGCUGGUGGACGCCCCCAAGUAACCGUUAAUGGUUGGACUGGUCCGACUCCUGCUGCUCCUACGAAUCUUGAUAGCCGUGGUGUAACGCGCGGCACCUGGAGAGGCAACAACGUACUGUAUACCGUCGACAUUCCGGACGGUACUUUGUAUACUGGCUCCACAGUGAACGUCAUAACGAUCAACGUUGUCUCUGGGUCCUCUGGCGACACUUACCUGUCACCGAACAUCGUCUUCGAUGCCAUUCGACUUUACUAAUUUACGCUAUGUCUCCCUUUCGUUCUGGUCGGUGACGUUUCAAGGGUCGUACCUGCUGUGUCUGUCUCCUUGUUUAUCAGUACACGUUUCACUCGUUUGUUAUACCCUCAUAUAUGAAAAGUUCUUCUAUCAGUGUGCUCUGUCGUCGAGGCGGCGUUGAAUGCCCCUAUCCCAAGAGAGUGGACACAACAGAUAUGUGUGAAGGCGGUGGGAACAUGUGACAAAGAUAAAACAGACGACGCGCUCGAAAAAUGGACAGACCAUAACAUACAGUGAAUGUGAGCCGUAGACCGGAGAACCAAACUAAUAAAUGUAGAGCACGGCGCAAGAAAAGCAAGAACCCCCGGCAAACGUGGCCUAUUGAAAAAAUAGUUGCUGAACGUCGGACUGAGCGAAACCCAGGUUACAGGCUGGACACUUCCGUUGUCGAGUCGAAAUUCGAGCUUCGACACAUUGUUUGCAAAACGAGUGCAUGCAUUUCGUGAUGACUGUGUUCCGCAUAUUAAUGCGACAUGUAGAGCACUUGAGUAUACUCAUGCACUUGUCGACCUCUUUCUGGAGAACACUCUCUUUCGCAGAUGUAUUCUGAGGUCGCGUUUUGGCAGCAGCGGCAUGUACUUCCGCCUCCUUCCGUGCCUUGAUAGCAGCUUCCUUUGCGACCCGAACCUCCACCAAACCCUUCUCAUACUCUUUCUCUCGAGCGGCGACGCUGGCUCGGCUCUCCUCAAGUUUCUGCAAGUUGACUUCGGCCUGCGUUCUGUAAGCGUCCGUCUCAAGGGCUGACUGCAGGGCUUGUCGCUCAUAGGCUUCCGCGCGAUCACGCUCUAGUAUAACUUCCUUGAGAAGAGUAUCCGCCCGAAGCUUCGCAGCCGACUCUGCUGCCUGAGCUACAGAGGCGAUUUUCUCCUGCUUCUCCAAUAAUUUGCCCUGAAUCUUGCGUUCAUUGUCACCCGACUCCUUGUCUCUCAUCGCAGCGUAGAACUUAUUCUCCGAUUUUGCUUUAUCCAAGGCGCUCUUACUGAGUCGCUCCUCCAUGGCUGAGAGGUCGAAGAUCUUGCCCUUCACUUGCCGUUCAAGAGAUUCCCAUGCAGACGACAGUCUAUCGAGUUCAGCGUACAAUGCUGCUUCUGACUGUUGGCGGUGCAUCUCUUGUAGCUUGAGACGCUUGAUCUCCUCGUCUCGUUGCUUCAGAUGCUCUGUAAGCUGAGCAACAUCUGGCGGCAAAGGUACGGCGGACUGGUCGCCAAAGGUAGCCUCCAUGCUGCUGAGCCUUUCGGAGACGUCCUGUAAUUGCUCUCGCAGUUGCGCCUCUCUGCGAGUGGCAUCCAUGGCCUCAUGGUGUUCUUCGUCGAAGUGCGAUAGAGAUGUCUCGAGGGCAGUAAGUUUGUUCUCGGAUUGCUGCAAGCGUUUCUGGAGGUCCUCCACAUACGAAGCCUCUCCUGAACGUUCGCGAGCGAGAAAUGCAGCCAGAUCUGCAUGGCCGGCGUUAGCUGCCACGAGAGGCUUCAGUCGGGCAAUCUCUGCUUCGAGUCCCUUGACUCGCUCCGCAUGGCUUUCGGCUAGGUUGCGAAGCUCUUGCUUUGAAUGCUGCUUGACAGAAUCUUUCUGCUUGCGUUCAUUGAGUUCGGCAUGCUGUUGAUCGCGUUGCUCACGCAGACGGACCACGUCUGACUCUCGUUUGGAUAGUAAGGCUCGCAUUUCUUCGACAGCACGCCCAUAGACGGACUUCACUUCAGCUUCCCAUUCCUCCCGACCAGAAAUCAUCGCUCUCAACUCCUCACUCAACCUAUCCUUCUCUUCUAUCAAUUCAUGAUUGUCAUACGCCAGUUUGGAAAUCUUAUCCAACAAGAACUUGUAGUGGGGAGACUCAGAGAUGGUCUCGACUGACAACUCGGGACGUUCAGAUUCAAAACGUGACAGUCUAAGACGUAGAGUCUGUCGGUCUUCUUCUAGUGACUUUAUCGUUGUCUCUCGAGCUUUGGCCAACUCCUCCCAUCCCGCCGAAUCGGCUGCAGACACGCCAUUCGGAUACGGAGACAUUGGAGGAGACGACUUGAGGACGGCAUCAGAUGGGCCGCCACUCGACUUCGAUCCCUCGCCUUCUUCAUCCGCUACAUCUCUAGAAGGCAAAGUAUGAGAUUGCAUGGACUGUACGGUUCGACUCUGAAGCCGAUCCAGGCGUAUCUCUGCCGCCAUUAGAUCGUUACGAAAGUUGUCGCGCUGAGACUGAAGGUCCGCAACUUGAGAGUGAGCCAGAGCUAGCUCUGAACGAAGAGUUGUACACUCCUCUUGAGCCCGUUUCAGACUUUGCGAGUCGUCGUUUCGUGUUCCAGGCUGAACAAAAGAAGCAACGAGAUGGCAGGUGCUGGCUGCCUUCUUCUCCAGAGCAGCCUUGAGCGAUGAUUCCGACCCUGGUGAUAUAUGUAUGGGCAGGUCGAGCAAUUGUUCUCUGUCAGCAUCUAAGGGUUCAGACGAGUUUGGCUUUGAGAGAUCCCGUACGGUUUCGAUCAACUGCGCCCAGCAAGCCCCCAUGACAGCAAGACUGGCCUCAUACGUUGUCUUCCACCGCUCAAGCUCAUCAAUGCGCGCCUGACUACGCUGAUUUUCUCGCGAAUAAUGCUUCAUUCGCCGAUAGAUGGCCUCCUUCCGAAAUAACUCAAGAUUAUCCUGGUCUUUAGGCUCGUCGUCAAAAUUGGAGGUCGGUGUUGAAGCCAUACCGUUUGCAUGGACCGGUGAACCCUGGGCGUUUGCUAUGGCACGCUUCUUCGACUGGACGGCGUCAGGCUCACUAGAUAAUGGUCUUUUUCGAGAUUCCAUGUCUAACAUUGAAGAGAAUGGUGGAUAUGAGAUGGAGG